UUUCUGUACGGAACUCCCACCAUUUUGUACUCACUUUUUUAAAAUGAACGCGAAAUUGGCAACGGUGUUAUUGGCUUACUGCCUUAUCCACUUUUUCAGUGGAGCGGAAAGUUCGUUUAUAAAGCCUAAUAAUGUACCAAGAGUUGGAAGAAGCAAUGAAGCAACUCCAUUCGAUCAGGGAAGCAUGGGCUAUGUUAUUAAAACGAAUAAGAAUAUACCGCGGAUGGGCAGGAGGAACUAUGACUCGGAAAACCGCUACGACAUCCCCAAGUUUUAUCAACUACCUACAGGAAAUUAUGGCUCAUACGAAGGCGACGAGUACAAUGUACCAAUUGAAGCCUACUACCCUAAAAAUUUGGAAAACAUGAGAAGAUAAACUGGAACUUCGUGAAUCUCACAAUUUGUAGUGCCGAAAGUUUAAAGUUGUUGAUCUAGUCCUUAGUUAAAUAAAUGAUUUCAUAGCAUGCAUGCAA